GAAACAACACGCUAUUGUACAGUUUCAGUUUUAAGAAUCGUAUAACGCAAAGAUGCGUGUAUUUUACAAUAUCAUUUUCCUGAUAAUAGGCCUUGCAUCAGUUUUGGCAUUUCCUGGAAAACAGCAAAGGAUUAUAGGUGGGUCAAUAACCACUAUAGAUAGAUACCCAUUUGCGGCAUCUCUCUUGUUCUCUUGGAACCUUCAGCAAUAUACACAAUCAUGUGGUGGUACUAUAAUUACUAAUCGAGCGGUUCUUUCAGCGGCUCAUUGCUUUUACGGUGAUUCGGCGGCAAGAUGGCGCAUUCGUGUUGGGUCGUCGUUCGCCAACACCGGUGGCGAUGUUCACAAUACCGCUCAGAUAAUCAUUCAUCCUAACUUCGAUUAUGAACAUUUCGAUAGCGACUUAGCCAUAAUGCGCGUUGCCACUCCAUUCGUGUACAACAACCGAGUGCGCGCCGGUAGCAUUGCGGGCGUCAAUUACAAUCUUGCAGAUAACCAAGCCGUUUGGGCUGUAGGAUGGGGUCUAACAGCGGUAAACGGCACUACGUCUGAGCAACUACGUCACGUCCAAAUUUGGUCAAUCAACCAGAGUAUUUGCAAGAGUCGCUACAACGAACUUGGCGAACAAAUCACAGAAAACAUGUUAUGCUCCGGUUGGCUGAACGUGGGAGGUCGUGACCAGUGCCAGGGAGACUCCGGUGGUCCCUUACUGCACAAUAACGUCGUCGUUGGCGUCUGUUCCUGGGGAGAGAAGUGCGCUCUCGCCCGCUACCCCGGCGUUAAUACUCGAGUUUCACGCUUUACUUCUUGGAUCCAAGCUAAUGCCUAAUGUGUUUUUGAACGCAAUAAAUUAUAGAGCAUAUUGUUUUUCUUGAA